AUGAAGAGCGCCCCUACCAUGGACCCUGAGACCGCGGCUACCCCGGGCACUCCGCCGGAGAGCACGGGGAGGCGGGGAGAGGGGAGGAAGCGGCUGCCGUGGCGGAUGACGCUGAGCCUGGCGUACCAGAGCCUCGGGGUGGUGUACGGCGACCUGAGCACGUCGCCGCUGUACGUCUACAAGGCGGCGUUCGCGGACGACAUCCAGCACUCGGAGACCAACGAGGAGAUCCUGGGCGUGCUCUCCUUCGUCUUCUGGACGCUCACCCUCGUGCCGCUCCUCAAGUACGUCUGCGUCGUCCUCCGCGCCGACGACAACGGCGAGGGCGGCACCUUCGCGCUCUACUCCCUCCUCUGUCGCCACGCCCGCGCCGCGCUCCUCCCGCCGGGCCGCGGCGCCGAGCCCGGGGACGAGGACCAGUUCUCCGACGCCGGCGGCGCCGUCGCCAAGAAGUACCUCGAGUACGACAAUGCCGACGCGCUGGGCGGGCGCGGCGGGGGCGCCGCCGCCAGCGUCAGGCGGGUGCUGGAGCGCCACAAGGUGCUGCAGCGGGUCCUGCUCGUGCUGGCCCUCGUCGGCACCUGCAUGGUCAUCGGCGACGGCGUCCUCACGCCGGCCAUCUCCGUUUUCUCCGCGGUGUCCGGGCUGGAGUUAUCCAUGGAGAAGGGACAUCACAAAUAUGUGGAAUUGCCUCUUGCUUGCUUCAUAUUGGUGUGCCUGUUUGCACUGCAACACUAUGGUACUCACCGUGUGGGAUUCAUUUUCGCCCCGAUCGUGAUCGCAUGGCUUCUAUGCAUAAGCAUGAUUGGUGUUUACAAUAUUGUGAAAUGGGAGCCUCAUGUGUAUCAAGCGUUAUCUCCGUAUUACAUGUACAAGUUCUUGAAGAAAACACAGAGAGGAGGUUGGAUGUCACUGGGGGGAAUACUGCUCUGUGUUACAGGAUCUGAAGCGAUGUUCGCAGAUCUGGGGCAUUUCAACCAGUUGUCGAUACAGAUUGCUUUUACUUGCAUGGUUUACCCAUCAUUGAUCCUUGCAUACAUGGGCCAAGCUGCUUAUCUGUCUAAGCAUCAUAUCCUGGAAGGUGACUACAGGGUCGGAUUCUACGUGUCUGUGCCAGAGGUAAUUAGAUGGCCAGUUCUGGCAAUCGCCAUUCUCGCGGCGGUUGUCGGCAGCCAAGCUGUUAUCACCGGCACAUUUUCGAUGAUCAAGCAGUGCACUUCCCUAGGCUGCUUUCCCCGGGUGAAGAUUGUGCACACCUCCGCCCAAGUACAUGGGCAGAUUUACAUUCCAGAGAUCAACUGGAUCCUGAUGAUACUGUGCUUAGCUGUAACCAUUGGCUUCAGAGACACAAAACACUUGGGCAAUGCAUCAGGGUUGGCUGUAAUAACCGUCAUGCUGGUCACCACAUGUCUGAUGUCGCUGGUGAUAGUCCUGUGCUGGCACAAGAGCAUAUUCCUGGCAAUCGGGUUCAUCGUGUUCUUCGGCACCAUCGAGGCGCUGUACUUCUCGGCGGCGCUCAUCAAGUUCAGGGAAGGAGCCUGGGUCCCCAUCGUCCUCGCCUUCGUCUUCAUGAUGGUAAUGUGCAUCUGGCACUAUGGCACCAUCAAGAAGUACGAGUUCGAUCUUCAGAACAAGGUCUCCAUCAACUGGCUCCUUGGCCUGAGCCCGAACCUCGGCAUCGUCCGUGUCCGCGGCAUCGGCCUCAUACACACCGAGCUCGACAGCGGCAUCCCUGCCAUCUUCUCCCAUUUUGUCACCAAUCUGCCUGCAUUCCAUCAGGUGCUCAUCUUCAUGUGCAUCAAGAACGUCCCGAUCCCGCACGUCUCGCCGGACGAGCGGUUCCUGGUCGGAAGGAUCGGGCCGAAGGAGUACAGGAUCUACCGGUGCAUCGUCCGGUACGGGUACCACGACGUGCAGAUGGACGACCAGGAGUUCGAGAAGGACCUCGUGUGCAGCGUCGCUGAGUUCAUCCGGUCAGGGGGCGGCGCCUCCAAGACCAACGGCUUGACGCCGGGCGUGGUCGACAGGGACGAGGAGCGGAUGACGGUCGUGGCCUCCGGCAGGAUGCGCAUGAUGGAGGACGAGGGCCUCGGCGGCGCGGCGGCGUCGGAGAGCACGGUCGGGCCCUCGCGCGCCGCCAGGGGGGAGAGGGAGAUACAGUCGCCGUCGCCAACGCCAACGCCGACAGCAACGCCAGCGCCGGCUACGGGCGUCCGGAAGAGGGUGAGGUUCGUGCUGCCGGCGUCGACCCCGCGGCCGAACGCCGGCGUGGAGGAGGAGCUGCGGGAGCUCACGGACGCGCGGGAGGCCGGCAUGGCCUUCAUCCUGGGCCACUGCUACGUCAAGGCCAAGACCGGGUCCAGCUUCCUCCGGCGGCUGGUGAUCAACUUCGGCUACGACUUCCUGCGGAGGAACAGCCGCGGCCCCAACUACGCCGUCACCGUCCCGCACGCCUCCACCCUCGAGGUCGGCAUGAUCUACUAUGUCUGA